CAGACCUCACGGGGGAAACAAACAAUUCUAGAGUAGAUCAGUAGACCAGCGACCCGGAAGUAGCAGUGUCGGUUCAGUUGCUAGCUACUCACCUAGCCUCAACAAUAGCUCGUGAAUAUUCUUAAUAACUGUCUCUAUAGCUUUCACGUAUAGUAGAAUUGUUUACCGUAAUAAUACGAAAACAAAUCUCACAAAAUUGUUAAUUGGCUGUAUGCGGCUCUAUGUAAAGUUAACGUAGCUUACAAAUGACACCGUUAGUCUUUAGCUAGCUAGUAGCGUAACAUUCGUUGGACAGUAACGUUACCGUACUGAAAAUGCGCAUGUGAAUGAAAGAUAUUUACGUUUCACAGGUAGUGAGAAGAGUUAAUUACAUAUUAAGUCAUGUCUACUGGUGCUGAUGUCAGGGAUAUUCUGGAGUUGGCUGGAGGAGAAAAUGACGGUCCCAUCAGCAAGAAAGAUCUCAUCAACUCAGACAAGAAAAAAACCAAGAAGACAACAGAAACGCUGACCUUCAAGAGACCCGAGGGAAUGCACCGAGAGGUCUAUGCUCUGCUCUAUUCAGAUAAAAAAGAUGCACCCCCUUUGUUGCCUAGUGAUACUACUCAGGGCUACAGGACAGUUAAAGCCAAGCUGGGCUGUAAAAAGGUGCGUCCCUGGAAGUGGAUGCCCUUCACCAAUCCAGCUCGCAGGGAUGGGGCUAUAUUCCACCACUGGAGACGUGUGGCAGAAGAGGGCAAGGACUACCCUUUUGCCCGCUUCAACAAGACAGUGCAGGUACCAGUGUACUCUGAGCAGGAGUAUCAGAUGCAUCUCCAUGACGAUGGCUGGACUAAAGCAGAGACAGACCACCUGUUUGACCUGUGCAAGCGCUUUGACCUGCGCUUUGUAGUUGUCCAUGACCGUUAUGACCACCAGCAAUACAGAAAACGUUCUGUGGAGGACCUGAAAGAACGAUAUUAUACCAUUUGUGGUAAGCUGACAAAGGUGCGUGCAGCUACAGGGACAGAGCCCAAGAUCUACAUCUUUGAUGCCGGCCAUGAAAGGCGCCGUAAAGAGCAACUGGACAAGCUCUUUAAUCGCACACCUGAACAAGUGGCAGAAGAGGAAUAUCUUAUUCAGGAGCUAAGGAAGAUUGAGACAAGAAAGAGAGAGCGUGAGAAGAAGGCCCAGGAUCUGCAGAAACUCAUUAAAGCAGCUGACACAACCACAGAGUUAAGGCGAGCCGAAAAGAGAGUUUCCAAGAAGAAACUACCACAAAAAAGAGAAACAGAAAAACCGGCUGUUCCAGAAACGGCAGGCAUCAAGUUCCCUGACUUCAAAUCAGCGGGAGUCACACUGCGCAGUCAGAGGAUGAAACUGCCAAGCUCUGUAGGCCAGAAGAAGAUUAAGGCCAUUGAGCAGAUCCUGCUAGACCAAGGAGUGGAUCUUAACCCGAUGCCCACAGAGGAGAUUGUUCAGAUGUUCAAUGAGCUGCGUAGCGACUUAGUGCUGCUGUAUGAGCUGAAGCAGGCCCACAGCAAUUGUGAAUACGAACAACAGAUGCUGCGUCAUCGCUAUGAGGCCCUACUGAAGGCUGGCAGCGGAGGCGGGUUUGGUGGAACUAUAGGAGCUGGACCCCCAGCCGCAACACAGGUUGGAGAACUCAAUUCCACCAACAGCACUACAGCAUCCACCCCAGGGGGCGAAGCUCCGUCCUGGCCCAGUGCAGACGACAUCAAGGUGGAAGCCAAGGAACAAAUCAUUGAUGUUGUAGGAGCACCACUUACCCCCAACUCACGCAAACGGAGAGAGUCGGCAUCCAGCUCGUCUUCGGUGAAAAAGGUGAAGAAACCUUGAUGAGCACGAGAGCACCAGCUGGUAGCGGAGACGGCCACAAGUUUUAUGGUUGGACAAGAGGGACACAGGGGAGCAGGACACAACUUACAUAGAAAGACCACUGACGACACACACACACACACACACACACACACACCCCUUUUCACCUACCAACAAGACCUCUCCAACCCCUCCCCAUCUGGCCUGCCCAGCAUCUUUGUGACAAAGGCAACAACUGAGUGACAUUUCAUUCCAUUACUGCUCGUCUCCCUUCCUCCACCAUUGCUCGGCCUUAGAUGAGGCAAGAUCAACUGUAAAUUGCCAGGCCGAGCUAAUCGGGACAUGGGGAAGAAGGUGGGAAUGACUGGGUAAUUGAAAUGAAUUGGAAUGACGGAAGAGACUCUGGGAGUGGGAGGACCUCGAGCUGCAAUGCUCAUUUGACCCAUCUGAGGUUUUUUCGUAGGCUAAUCAUGCCAUAGUGUUUACUGGAAAUGUGUUUUUGUGUUAGCCUGUAGUACCCUCUGUAGCAAGCCAGAGUGUGUCUCUCUCUCUCUCUCUCUCUCUCUGAUGGACGGUGGUUCCAUCUGCUGUCCAAGCUCAUUCUUGACCUAAUGGGACUGACUUGUGUUGUUUUUCCUCGGGUGACCUUGAAGAUGCUUCAGUCAAUGAUUCAAUAAACCUCAUUUUUUUUUUGCUUA